GACCAGUCAACAGGUUAUGGGAAUGAGCUACUUAGAGUGCAGCUUGCUGAUACACAACCUUACGAAAAACCCAGAAUGCCAUAAGUUUAAUGGCCUUUGCUGCUACGGCAGUUGCUGUAUCGUGGCUAGACACCAGAAAGACUUAUGGACAAACUGGUAUUUUUGGCUCGUGGUGAUGCUGGUGGGUCUGCUAGUGUUCAUGUCUUUCGCCUCCUAUGUGGCCGGUUCGUGCAAGCGACGACGCCAUAAUCUCAUCCGCAUCCGCAACGCGUCGUGCAGCGCCACGGCGGCGUCGGCGUCGCUGGCCUCGGGAUACGGGGAGACUGAUCCAGAGGGCAUCAUACAACCUCACCUCUCGUACAACAAGAAGAACUCUCACAGGGCAACGGCCAUCAUCGCCAAUCCAGGAGACCUGAUGGUAGAAGACCUGACAGGUCCGUUGUCGCCUCCAUACCCUCCGGUACAACAGGUGACCAUCGUCAGGGGCUCCGCCCCACCACUAGGCUUCCGCCAGACCAACCACUACACGGAGCUGGUCCUUCCCCCUGGCUUCGUUGACACCCAAUACACGAAGAGAUAACACGGCAAACUGACUUACCGCUGCCUGCCACAUAAUGGGCUACCUGUCAAAGAGGAUACAACGGAAGGGAUUGAUGCUCUGCGAAGAGUACUCUCAUAUUUACUUUCCUAAAACCCUUAAACCCUUUUUUAGUGGGAAAAUACUAACAUAACUAACUUUGGACAUUGAAGAAGACAUCCCUUGCAUGGACCAGUUUUAGACAAUUUCUACCUUGAUUUGAGUCACUGAGGUACUUGAUGCAACAUAAAACGCUAACAACUUGUGUUAAGCCUUAAUAGUUCUG